CCACUGAAUUUAACCACACCUGAAGUUCAUGUGUAAGUGAACUUUGACAGAAUAGAGGUUUUCUUCUUCCGUCAACAACCACAAAGCUAUCACCAAAUGUGCCUAAAGGGCGCAAUUGCCGAGAAACAUAUAUGUACUCUGAUUGGUUGCUCUUUGUAUACAUAAGGUACACAAGCCAAUUUUUGUCGUUUUGUCAUACCGUACAUCUUGCCGACAGUGGAUAAAGAUAGGUAGCCAUUGUAGUGGAAGGGAGCAUUGGAUCACGACAAAUUAUUUCCAGCGAUUCAUAAGUGCAAACAAACAGGCUUUCAAGUCAUUUCAGGUUCCAUAUUCGAAGACUUGAUGGAAAUACAAGAUGGAUAAUCUUGUUCUCUAUUGCUUAUCCAUCACGACUUCGCAGACAAAUACCUACGUAGCGAGACUUUCCACGUUGUGUCAACCAUUACCGUAGCGAUAUGUACCUAGGUAUCAAUUCGCUUUAUUCGCUUUGCCAUUGGCAUUAACUCCUACAAAUCACACACACUCGAGUUUGUGUAUAUGUGUUUGUUUCCUACAGCGGCAGCUUGUGUGGAAGCCAACUCCAACAGAUGACGCACCGCUGCUGCCUACCUAGGUACCUUCACUUCACAGCAGUGGAGGCUAUCGUUUCCUUCCACUCCAGCCAACUCUACCUACCUUUUCAAUAAGUAAGGUAACCUCACGGAAGCAAUCGUGGGGUAGACAUCUUGCAAGGUGCAUCUAAACUCGCCACUACCAAAACGUCCGGCAUCAUGUCAACAACACCAGGAGUUUCCUUCAGAAAGGACGGUACAAAGACAUUCAUUCCGCUCGAAAAUAAUCCAGAAGUUUUCACCAAACUCAUUCAUAAACUGGGCGUUUCCGAGAAGCUCGGUUUUUACGAUGUCUACAGCAUUGACGAGCCUGAGCUGCUUGCCAUGAUCCCUCGUCCAGUUCAUGCUCUGGUCUUCAUCACUCCUGCACCUAUGUGGGCGCGCGUUCGUGAGAACGACCCAGGUUCAAAUGAGCUGAGUUACGAUGGCUCUGGUCCAGACGAGCCAGUUGUGUGGUACAAACAAACUAUAGGUCACGCUUGCGGUCUCAUUGCUCUCCUUCACAGCGUGAGCAACGGCACAGCCAAGAGCUUCAUCAACACAAACUCGAUCCUCGAUAAGAUUCUUAAGGAAACACAAGAUCUCAAGCCUCUCCAACGCGCCAAUCAUCUCUACAACUCGAUAGAGUUGGAGAAGGCUCACAUGGCUGCUGCAGUGACAGGUGACACUAUAGCCCCUGCGAGCGAAGAGCCUAGCGGAUAUCAUUUCAUCAGCUUCGUUAAAGGCCAAGAUGGUCAUUUAUACGAUCUUGAAGGAGGUUGGGGAGGCCCGGUUGAUUGCGGCACAUUGGACGAUGGUGAGGAUCUUCUCAGCAAUAAGGCAUUGGAAGUUACUGUCAAAAGAUUUACCAAAGCUGCUGAGGGGAAUCUUGAGUUCAGUAUCAUCGCACUGGCAACCGUUCCAGAUGGCGCCUGAAUAAAGAUCCAUGGAAACCGACUGGUCACAAGAAAGCAAUGAUAUUAAUGCAUCUUUUACACCGGGCUUUCUCUUGUACGGUGGGUAUCUCCUACGUGCCUGUCCUGGAGCAUCAACUGAUCUGAUUGAAUUUUCUCUGUGACACUCAGAUAAUCCCAAACCUGCCUAGGUACAUAUUGGAAGUCUUUCGGGAUUGUGUAUCUGGUCUUUAGCGCCUAAUAUUUCACGAAGGCCGUUGCGCAAUAGAGCGAGUUGGUGCUUUCACAACUUGAAUUUGUUACACCAGUCCUAUGCAUAGAUUUAUCUGCCUGUUGUGGCAGUUCCUUACCUGUGUUUGUGUUUCAAUGAGACGCCGGCGUACCCAUCAUAUGGAUCAUUCACGUCAGACAGUGACUCGUGAAGUGGACUAACGACAGGAGACGUUUCAGGCGAUACAUACAUUAGAUUGUGUGUAUUCAGCAGCCCGUUUUUCACUGUCCCUAAAAGGUCUGCGUCCGACACUUGACUCGAAACUCCUCUGGGCUGUGGUAGUGGUUCAAUGUUGAAGGUUGAGGCAAAAGAAUUACAUUUUAUGGUGUCGAGUGCCUGCUUUGGUUGAGGGGAGAUUCUCUCCGCUUCAUAUUGCCCAGAUUGGAUGGCCAAGUGACUAUUCUCACCUAGCUAAACUGUAUGUCAUUGAUAUCAGAUCGUAACCCUUCUCA